AUGGCCACUGCUUCUGAACUAGAGGAGUCGACGCCGCCAAAGACGCAGUCAACGACAAAGAAAAUUGCCGAGGUGCUCAUAUCAAUAGCCCCUCCCUGUUCCAAUAAGGACGAAGCGUUGGCGGCUUACGUUUCGACAACUGGGUACCAAGAUGCCUUCCAUUCAGUGAGCCUCCGCGACACUUCGAAAGGGAUAUAUCAUCUCGUUCCAGUCGAAGCAUUUUUGUAUCCAACAACUCACUUGACAGAAAAAGACGGCUCUGUAAUAUUGCAUUCUGAUACAACUGUUCACGAUCGACUCAAUGAUGAAGAGUAUGCUAUGACAGAUAACGAAAUACGGAAGGUCAUUCUCAGAUUGGCAGGCAGAAUCACACCCGACGACUUUGCAGAUGAAAUGAUAGAAAAGGCGAGAAGAGCGGGAGAUACAGUGAAAUACUUUCGAAAAAGAAGAAUGUCAAUAAACAAAGAUCUGAUUGUUGCAAUGGAAGAAGUCGCAUUGGAAGCGAUUGGCGAGGUUUUGGUACAAAUGCAACUGCAAUUUGACAAAACGAAGGAGUCCGAAGAGGAACUCCCGUAUGAUGAGCAAACCAAAAGAGAAGAACCACAACUACUUCCCGGUCCUACCAAUGCGACUUCGGCGGAACUACUGUCAGCACGGGCAUUGAUCAAGACGCCAGUCGUUUCUCUAUUCGUUCCUCAAUGUAUCUUUCGCGGUGGUGGCCUUGAUAAGGCUCAAGAAAUUCUAUCAAAACUGCUAGAAAAAGAACUAUCAAGUGUUCCACUGGCAUGGGAGAACAUGAACAGUCGCCCUUCGGAAUAUGCUGAUAUCUUGGAAGCUGCCGAAAAAGCGAAACGACCUGUUAAAUUCAUUGCUUGGGGUAGCCAGUGGAUGCCUCGAGUAGAUAGAAAGGACCUAUUGAAGCGAAACAUACAACGAUUCCGACAAACAGGGAGAUACAUACCAGCGGGAGCAAUUGGUGGUUCACUAGAUCGGAUAGAAAGCCUAAGAGAGAAUGCUGAAGAAGUGGCUAAAUUCCUUGCGAAAGGUGACGAAGAUUGGGAAAAGUACAUGGACGCUGCCUUCGCAAGACUUGCAGGAUUUAAGAUGCAAAGCGAUGGAACAGUAGUCAAAGUAGCCGAUUGUCGGACGCUUCUUCCUCCCUUUCACAGGCACAAAAGAUCUCGCCAAUUCAGAGGGAAACGAGAGCAUUCUGGUAGCGACUAA